UCCAAAAAGAUCUGUUGGAACCCAACUAUCCAAGGACACUCUUAAGACUCACAUCAGAAGCAGAGCUUCUCAGACAAGUGUGGUCUGCGAGAAUGUGUGGUCUCCCCCACUUCUCACCUCAACACCCUUGAAGCCCCUUCCACCCAAAAAGAGGCCGCGACUGGAACUAGAGGAGGAUGACGAUGAAUGGGAGGCCUCCAUUGAGGCUACUGACCCUAAUGACUCCACUUUCAUUCAAAGUGUAUCAAUGACAACAGAGUCAUCGACUGUAUCACAAGCCUCACUACCAUAUGAUGUACCUAAAUAUAUUGUAUAUGAAAACUGCCUCCUCGAGUUGUUUGAGUUAUGUCCAGUGUGCAGCUCCAUGUGUGAUGUCCGGAAAACUAUACGUGGGACUUUCCUUGCUGUUGAUCAGACGUGCCACCGCUGUGAGUUCAACAGACAGUGGAAGAGUCAACCGUUCAUUGGAAGUACACCUGCAGGGAACAUUCAUCUCUCUGCAGCUGUAUAUUUUACAGGGACAUCUUUCAUCCAAAUGAAAAAGGUUUUCAAUGCAUUUGGUGUGAGGAGCAUGCGAUACCAAGCUUUCCGGAAACAUGCCAAAACCUAUCUAGAACCUGCCAUUGUUUGGAAAUGGAAAAGGGCCCAGCAGGUUGAGCUUCAAAGUUUAAGCCAGCAGAGCAAGGUUAUCAUUGGAGGAGAUAUGCGGGCAGAUUCUCCAGGCCAUUGUGCCAAAUUUGGAAGCUAUACUGUGAUGAAUCUUGAAACCAGCACAGUCAUCGAUAUCCAACUUGUGCAGAGCAAUGAGGUCGGAGGGAGUUACUACAUGGAGAAGGAAGGUCUGAAGCGAAGCCUUGCUCUUCUGGAGGCAAGUGGUGUCACAUUGGACUGCAUAGUCACAGACCGCCACGUCCAGAUUCAAAAAUACCUGAGAGAAAAGGGCAUCACACAGUACUAUGACGUCUGGCAUAUUGAUAAGGGGAUGUCUAAGAACAUUGACAAACUUGCCAAGGAGAAGGAUUGUGAGGUGGUAAAAACAAGCAACAGAGUAUUAGGAACCAUCUCUACUGGACUGCAUCAUCAUCCAAGACAGGCCCAGAGAAGGUGGCAAAGUGGACAUCUGUCAUCCAUCACAUCCACAACAUUCACACACACGAAGACCCCCUUUUUUCCAAAGUGUGAGCACAGUGAUGUCAUAGAUAAGAGGAGGUGGUUGAAGCCAGGAUCAAAGGCUUCCUACAGACUGGAGAAGGUCCUUACAAACAAGAGGUUCAUCGAGGGUGUGGAGAAACUAAGCCCUCACCACCAAACAUCCUCUCUUGAGGCCUUCCACAGCGUUGUCAUCCGCUUUGCACCAAAGAGUGUGGUUUACCCAUUCAUUGGGAUGCUUUGCAGACUCUAUCUCUCAGCAUUCCACUUCAAUGAGAAUGCCAACCGGCCACAGUCAACAAGUGCUCUGGGAGGUCCUGCCUUUAAACUGGCCUUCCCUAAAGCGAAGAAAGGGGGAUACAGCCUCAAACGAAGGAAAAUUAAGCCGACAUUCUGUAAGUAA